ACAAAUUAAUGGAGAUGAUGAAUCAAUGCUUCAGUAAUAAUCUUGAAUGAAUUGGAUGAAGUUGAGCAACUCAAUUGUGUACGCAAGCUUCUCCAGCAUGAGGAUGAGUGAUUCAUCCAAUUUCAAGCCCGCUUUGUCGAAUGCCCGCUCGCCUCGUGACCGUCAGGCUCAAUUUUUGUCAUCGUGCUAAUAAUACCGGCCCUAGCGUUAACUCAAGCUCAUUACUUGCUUUCGUUAUCUUUCUGAUCCUAUGCUCACAUCACGACUCUCUCGACCAUUAUCCGUAGCAUUUCGUACACGAUCUACCUGUUUAAAGGCUAUCAGUACGACUGUUCGGCCUUACUCUUCAGAACACAAUGACGGCAGCAAUCCAGACAGCAAUAAAACCGAAACGAAGCGACAAGCUCCAGCAGUUCGUUUGCCUUUUGUACCCGUAAUCAACAUACCUGAGCAGGAAUUAGCUCACACAGCCUUCUUCGCUCUCCAUCGACCUCUUUUGGGACUUGCUAACGAAGAUGUCCCUUACUUUGGUCAUCAAUCAUACCCUCCUGGUGAGAAUGACGUCGAAGAUGUAGAAGACCUCUCUCGGUUUAUGAUGAAUAUGCGGCCGUUUGGAAGUCCAGAGACAAGCGUUGAAGAUGACGACACUACUUUCACCGUUACGCUCAACCCCUCCAAACCUUCGUCGUUUGCCAAUGACCUCGUUACUCCUACGCAUCAACUUGAAACGCAUGUUAUGCCUGGAGCAGAUCAAAUUGUAGAUUAUCUCAAUAUGAUUCAGGAGAAGAUGAAGAAAGAAGACGAGGCCAUGCAUGCCACUAGUGUUUUGAGGAAGCGUAAACUCAAGAUGAACAAGCAUAAGCACAAGAAGCUCAUGAAGAGAACCCGUGCUCUUAGAAAACGCAUAGGAAAGUGAUAGACUUGUCAUCUUCCUUGUAGACUCCCUCCAUUUGUAAAUAGCAGCCUUACUGUGUAUAUCACUCACUUCCUUGGGUGGAUAUGGUUCUUUUUUCAAGUCCUCCCAAAGACUUAGACAGCUUCUUUUUUUUUCUUUAUUUGUAAUAAGAUUGGUCUCUUUGUGAAUUCAAAUUUCUCUUUG